CAUUUCUGAACUGGUGCAGUGCCGGUUCAUCUCCACUAAUGGUGUGCAGAACAAGGGGGACUUAAAAAGAAAAACUUCUUCAACCAACAAAACAUUAACAUCAUUUGAAAACCAAACCAAACAAAAAAAUCCUGCAUCAUGAGCUUUGACCCAUUCAUCUCCUCCUCCCUCUCCCGGAGAAGGGAACAUUCCUACUCCAGUACCACCACCUAUCGGCUCUCCCGGGGGCCCUUGUCUUCCUCCAGGUGGCCGAUGCGCUUGGAGCCUCUGCAGCGCUGGGAGCAGAGCGACCUGAGUCAGGUGACCGUAGGGAACACCGAGCUGUUAGACCUGCGGGUCCAAGAGCGAGAGCAGCUGGUGGGUUUAAACAACCGCUUUGCGUCCUACAUUGACAAGGUUCGACACCUCGAACAGCAAAACCGGGCGCUGCUCCUGCAGCUGGAGGCCCUGCGGCGCAGGCAGAGUCAGCCGUCCCGCUUGCAGCAGCUCUACCUGCAGGAAGUACGAGGCCUCAGGGAGCAGCUGCACCAGGAGGCCCAGGCUAAAGCGCGCAUGGAGGCACAGAGGGAGGCCUUGCGGGAGGCGCACGCACAGCUGCACGAGCGCUGGGAGGAACAGGCACGGCUGCGUAGCCGGGCCGAGGCGGACCUCCAGAGGUUUCGAGAGGAGGCAGGCCAAGCCGCUCUGUGCAGCUGCGAUGCGGAGGCCAGCGUUGUCUCCCUGGCACAGGAGGUGGACUUCCUGAAGCAAGUGUUCGCUGAGGAGCAGGAGGGGUUGAGGGUCCAGCUACAGGUCGCCAGCCUCAGCGUGGAGCUGGACACAAGCAGACCGGACCUGUCGGCCGCUCUCAGAGAGAUCCGAGCGCAGUAUGAGACCUUGGCUGGACGCAACAUGCAAACCGCCAAGGCUUGGUUCCAGGGGAAGGUGGCGAGCGCAGUGGAGCUGACGGAUAAGCAGGAGGAGGCUGUGCGCUUGGUACGCGAGGAGACCACUGAGUACCGGCGGCUACUGCAGUCCCGUUCCGCUGAGGUCGAAGCACUGAGGAACGUCAUCGAUUCACUGCAUGCACAACUAGCGGAACAAGAGGAGACGCAGAACUCUGAGGUCACCAAAUACCAGGGGAAGAUAAGUGACCUAGAGAGCGACAUUGCUGAUGCGAAAGAGGAAAUGUCACGCUAUUUGCGGGAGUAUCAAGAUCUGCUUAACGUGAAGAUGGCUUUGGAUGUUGAAAUCGCAGCUUACAGGAAACUCCUGGAGGGAGAAGAAAUUCGAUUUACAUAUUCCACCCUCCCAGUCCUUGCCUAACUCCCUAAAACACAAAAUCCUAAUAACUCACAUUCAUCAUAUUCAUAUUUUGAAUACCACUGAAAGAGAGACCCACUUUAAGAUCCUAAAAACCAAUAUCACCUAGUUUCAAACAUUGAUAGGUGAAUAAACCUACUUUUUCUCUCCAAAAACGACUAAACUGGACCCCCCAUUUAUGACCCUCUUUGUCAAAAUCAAAUCCAUAACCAUUGUUUUAACCUCCUAGUUCUUUAUUAGUUACUUAACCCAAAUUACACCAUCCAACCAUGAAACUAAGCCUCAGCAUAUCAUUGCUUUCAAGUCAGACGAGCCCUUGUGUCACACAAGAGGUACACAUAAGGAGGUCCCCCUUCUUCUUUACACUAGAAAUGGAAAAAUGACCACCUUGCAGACAUCGCUAGGGGCAGCACUCACUCAGCCAGAGCUCAGUGUCAUGUUGGCCGAUUCUCAUGGAGAACCAUAGUGGGUUCCACUUCAAGAACACUAUAUGGUUCUGGAAAUAAAUCCAUUGAGUUUUUCGCUAAAUUGUAACUUCUUCGUUUGAUUCCCAGCACCCACUGAUUCACCAAUGAUCCCCAUAUGCAAACUUUUAACCAAUUGUUUGUUGAGGUGAAUCACUGUUUGAUCUCAGCUUGCUUUGGAUGCUAGGAAUCGACUAAAGCCAAUUUGUUCAUUUGAAAUUAGACCAAGAAUCAGCCAUCAGGAUACUGUCCACCAUCCCUGGCUCUUUAGAUUAUAUGUCGUUAGUACAACAGUUAUGUUUUAGCUAUGUUAGUUAGGUUAGAAUGUAUUAUUUUUAGAAAAUGUUGUAGUAGCAUAACAUUUAGUUUGCUAUCUGUCUCUGUUCUGCUUCUCAUAUUUUUGUUUUGUUGAGGAUAUUUGAUUAUUUUGCUUUUGCAUUUAAAGUGUUUGACAUGAUAAAAGCAUGACUGAAAAAUCAAGAGUAGAAAUAAUAAAAGCUCUAGAACUGGAGCUUUUAGACUCGUGGUUCAAAUGCAACUGCUCUCAUCUGCUUUUGUUGUGUCAUCUAAGUUAUAAUGUUAGUCAAUUAUCAGUAAUUUGAAAAUGAACAAGGAACCGAGUCUGUUUAUCAUGACAGUCUCUGAACUGAAUGGUGCUGUAUGUUUGUACCUAAAUACACGCUGAAUAAAGCAACAGUACCUCUUCU